GCAGGUGUGAUCAGCACUGAAAAAGAUGCCAGCACUGGCUACCACAUACGAAAGAAUAGUUUACAAAAAUCCCUCUGAGUACCACUACAUGAAAGUGUGCCUGGAAUUUCAAGAUCAUGGAGUUGGUCUUAAUGCUGCACAGUUCAAACAGUUGCUUAUUUCUGCCCUAAAGGACCUGUUUGGGGAGGUUGAUGCUGCCUUACCUGUGGAUGUCCUGACCUAUGAAGAGAAGACCUUGUCAGCCAUCCUGAGAAUAUGUUGCAGUGGUCUAGUCAAAUUGUGGAGUUCUUUGACCCUGUUAGGAUCCUACAAAGGCAAAAAAUGUGCUUUCAGAGUGAUUCAGGUCUCUCCAUUUCUCCUCGCGUUAUCUGGUAACWGUAGGGAAUUAGUAUUGGAUUGAAUAGUCUUCAAUUUCAGAAACUUUCCUCUGCUCUCAAAAGUACUUUUUGGUGGCUGCAUACUUUGAAAACAGAAGCAGGCUAGAAGCUCCCAUGGAUGAAAUAUGAGGAUGCUGAAGAUGUUCCCAGGAAUAUCCAGCUAAUGCCUUCCAUGGGGUGGACUUCAAAGGAGAUUCUGCCUGAGUCAACCAGCGUGGAGCAAACAGUUCCUGAAGCAUGUGCACUUGAGGGUUGGGGACCGGGCUGAACUCAGCAGGGCCUUCACACAG